AUGCCUGGGGUGCCCACCGGUGCCAAGGACCUCUAUGUGUCCACAUCGCUUGGUGACCUAAAUAAAAAAGCCGAAAUUAAGUCAGACAAGAUCAGCACAAGAAACUAUGUUCAAAGUGCCUGCAAACUCUUCAAGGCGGCAGAGCAGAGUCGUCUAGACAGAGAUGAGGAGAGAGCUUAUGUGCUUUACAUGAAGUAUCUAGGAGUAUAUGACAUUAUCAAGACCAGACCAGACUUCAAACAGCAGUUGGAGUAUUACAUGACAAUGCUCGGCCCCAACAACAUCAAGAAAGCCAUCGAAGAAGCUGAGAGGCUCGCUGCAAGCCUCAAACUCAGGUAUGAAGAAGUUGAAGUGAGGAAAAAGCUAGAAGAGAAGGAGAAGCAAGAGUUGAAAAAAAGGAGUGAGAAUAUAACUGAGAAAGAUGACAGUCGAAGCCCUCCCAAAUCCUCAGCAGCCAACAAGGACGACAAUAAGGUAGUAAAAGGGGAGGUAAACGACUUGAAGAAUGCAUCUUCAAAAACUACGGCAGCGGGCGGGAUCACUGCUGAGAAACUUUUCCACAUGAUGAAGGACCAAAUGAUAACGAUAAUCGUCAUGGAUGCCCGGAGCCAGAAAGAUUUUGAGGAGUCUCACAUUCAGGUCCCAUCUCAGGCCUGCAUCAGCGUGCCUGAGGAAGCCAUCAGUCCAGGAAUCACAGUGAAUCAAAUUGAAGAAAAGCUCCCAGAGGUGUCCAAAGAGCAGUGGAAUAGGCGGGGUUCUGUGGAUUACGUAGUCCUGUUGGACUGGUUUAGUUCUGUAACAGAUCUAAGAAUGGGCACCACGCUGCAGAGCCUUAAAGAUGCUCUAUACAAGUGGGACAGUAUGACCAUCUUGCGAAGUGAGCCACUUGUGCUGGAGGGAGGUUAUGAGAACUGGCUGUUGUUUUACCCAAUGUACACAACCAACGCUAAAGUCCACCCUCCUAGGCAGAACAUUAUUCAAAACACUCUGCCUCAGCUAAACUUCAGUUACCCAACCCUCGAAGAACCAAAACCUCCAACACCGCCACCACAACCGGAAACUGAGAUUAUAACCGAGCCUAUACCAGAUCCUAUACAACCGUCUGCUCCCUUACUGGUUGUGAAUGGAAUUACUCCAAUGGAAAUCCGCACAGCCACACCACCUGUAAUUACAGACAAAUUGGAAGACACUGUUGAAGCUCUUUUUGCUAAACUUGAAGUGAGCAAGAAAGAACCGGUGACUGACACGUCCAAAGACUCUAGAAAGCCUUCUCCCACAUCCAAACCUUCCACAUCCAAAGUCCUUCCACAGUUUGACCGUACCAAAAAGCCUGCCGUUCGCUUCACGGAUGAGCCUAAAACGAGCGUAAAUGGGCCAGACAAAGAACCCAGCAAGAACACUCCAAAUGUCCCUGACCGUUCAACCAAACCGACCGUCCCCAUUUCUUUUUCUGAAGAGGAACAAAGUCAGAUACACUCCGAGGUGGUGGCAUCGAUGGAGAAAGCCAAGCAAGAACAUGAGAAACGCGUUCGAGAGCGUCGACUGCAAGAAGAGAUGCGGGAGAAGGAGCGAAAGGAGAGGCUGGAGAAUGAACAGAGUGACAAGGAAAAGACUGGAGAGGAGGACAGAGGACAUCAAGACAAAAAGAGACUGGAGAGACAGAAGGCAGAGGAUGAGAAAGACAAAGAUAAACAUGGAUGGAAGGAGAACGAAAACGAAGGAAAAGAGCAGAAUGUUGAGGCGCCCUCAAAGAGUAUGUCUCUCAACUGUCCUGGUCCCAGUGUUAUCAUAAGUGAGGUGAAGAGGGAGCCACUUACAAGAGCAAGAAGUGAGGAAAUGGGAAGGAGUGUACCAGGUUUGCCAGUUGGUUGGAUGAAGUUCCUUGAUACAGUUACCGGAACCUUCCGAUACUACCAUUCCCCAACCAACCGCGUCCACAUGUAUCCACCUGAAGUUACUAUUCCGACACCACCACCGGCAGCGGAGCCGAAACCUCCGCAACCAGCAGUGCCACCCUCCAAUGUAGAACAAGAACGGGAACAGUCCAAAUUAAAGCGCUCUUACUCUUCCCCAGACAUCAGCCAGGACCUAAGAGAGGAGGCCCAGAAGAAGAGCUCUGCACCAGUACCAACUGCAACAGUACCCACCAUUAAUCGAGAGAACAAACCUCCUAGUGCAAAGGUCUAUUCUAAAGUGGAGCUUUCACGACCUUCAGCGGCUAAAAUCCGCAGCCUGAAUCCUACCUUUGGAGGCCUCGGUGCAAGUUUGACCGGCCUUCGUAAUCUUGGAAACACUUGCUACAUGAACUCCAUCUUGCAGUGCCUUUGCAACACGCCCAACAUGGCAGAGUACUUCAACAAUAAUUAUUACUUGGAAGAUAUCAACAGAUCGAACAUUCUCGGCCAUAAAGGGGAAGUGGCAGAGGAAUUUGGCGUGAUCAUAAAAGCGUUGUGGGACGGUCUGUACAAGUGCAUCAGUCCGCGAGACUUUAAGAUCACCAUAGGAAAGAUAAAUGAUCAGUUUGCUGGCUAUGAACAGCAAGACUCACAGGAGUUGCUGCUCUUUCUCAUGGAUGGCCUUCAUGAGGACCUCAAUAAGAGAGCAGACAACAGGAAGCACUACAAAGAAGAGGAAAAUGACCACCUGGACGAUCAGAUGGCGGCAGACCAAGCCUGGCGUAAACACAAGCUGCUGAACGAGUCCAUCAUUGUGGCGCUCUUCCAGGGCCAGUUCAAGUCCACCGUGCAGUGUCAGACAUGUCACCGGAAGUCUCGAACCUUUGAGACCUUCAUGUAUCUGUCGCUGCCUCUAGCCUCCACCAGCAAGUGCUCCCUACAGGAUUGUCUCAGGCUGUUCUCCAAGGAGGAACGUCUGACUGAUAACAACAAGGUCUUCUGUAGGCACUGCAAAGCUCACAGAGAUUGCACCAAAAAGCUGGAAAUCUGGAAAGUCCCCCCAAUUUUAUUGGUGCACCUGAAGCGCUUCUCUUACGAGGGCCGAUGGAAACAGAAGCUACAGACAUCAGUUGAUUUCCCUCUUGAUGCUCUGGAUCUGACUCAGUAUGUCAUCGGACCGAGGCAGACCCUGAAGAGAUAUAACCUUUUUGGAGUGUCUAACCACUAUGGAGGUUUGGACGGUGGUCAUUACACCGCCUACUGUAAGAACGCCUGCAGGCAGCGAUGGUACAAGUUUGACGACCACGAGGUUACCGACAUCUCCACGUCCAACGUCAAAUCUUCCGCUGCCUACAUUUUGUUUUACUCUACCAUGUGA